GUUGUCCACCGGGAGAAAAAUAUAGUGAGAACGCACGUGCCCAUCUUGGUGUUUUUUGUUGGCCGUUGGCUGCGAUCUUGCCUAGAAUCAGGGGUAAUAAUUCAAAGUGGCAGUCAGUGGAGAAGAGGUGUGUGCUUGUGUGCACUUUCCAACUAUUGUGACUCGUUUACUCUACUAGUGUUGCAGUGACCGAAGGCAGGUGUACAGAGUGUAUCGCAAAUAUAUUAGAUUACAAGCCGGCCGGAAAUAAUACAUCACAGCAGUUAUAAUUCAAUAUCCACGCACAGUCAGUUCUCGGCUUUGUUAAAAGCACUUCGUAGCUAUGAUCAACCGACACUUGCUUCAAUGGGAGAAUUUCGGAAAGAUUCUAGCGCUGCUUGUUGUAUGCACCUUAGUUAGCCACAUCCAGGCUAACGACGCAUCCGCAGAGCAGCAUCAGAUGGAACACGCCGACCAGUCAACGCAAUCACAUAGCCUUCAGAAGCGUACGUGGAAAAGUCUGCAAGGGGGAUGGGGUAAACGGAAUCCUACGAAUGAACAACCCGAUGCGAAUGUAGACUAUUAUGGAUACCCCGGAAAGAAUGAGGAUCCAACUGAUUAUAACAACGCAGAAAACGAUUUGGAUAAACUCAACAAGUAUAUUAUAAAAGGAUUAAUUAACCAGCGUCUGGCACAAAUGGAUACGCAGUACGACGGUUCUGACGAAGAAUACCCAAUGGAAAAGCGAGCUUGGAAUAAGAUUAACGGUGGUUGGGGAAAGCGAGUCAACUCUGGCCCAGCUCAGUGGAACAAAUUCAGAGGAGCAUGGGGAAAACGCGAACCAGGAUGGAACAACCUGAAAGGACUGUGGGGUAAAAGAUCAGAGAAAUGGAAUAAACUAUCAUCGUCCUGGGGCAAACGAGAUAGCGGCAAUAGCAAUAGUUACUAAUUAUCCUAUCACCAACUACCGCUCACUGAAUUUGUAUAUAUCCACAACACAGUCUGUUAUAGAAUAAGUUGUUUUUCGAUAUUGAAUUUUGUUUUAUAUACAUAACACUUAGGGCGCUAAUGCAAUAACACAACUGGAAAACGAAAUGCGUGAAGAGCUACAAUCUAAAAAAAAAACAGUGUUGAUAUUGGACAAAUGGUGUUAUCGUAUCUUCUGUUUAGCAGCAAUGGACUUGCAGUGAACUUUAUUAUGCCAAAUGGAAAUAGUUUUUAAACUAACAGUAUCAGUGGAUAACGCAUACAUCAUGAAAGUGUAAAAUAUGGAUGUAUGUUUCUUGUAAGAAAAUAUUCUAAUGUGCUACCAACAUCAUAUACCCACGCCGUCAGUAUAACUAAGCAAAUGGUGACGCGAAAAAUAAUGAAAAAAUAAUAAUAAAUAUAGCGUUUACAGUCAA